AUGUCGCACUCACCGACGCACGAUUCUGGCCGUCCGGCAUACAAGCGUCAACGAGUUGGCCUGGCCUGCACGUCAUGCCGCCGACGGAAGACCCGCUGCGACGGUGUUAGACCUGUGUGCGCUCCAUGUACGCAGCUUGGGCUGACUUGCUCGUACGAGCAGCCUCCUCAAAAUGUUAAUGACCCUCUCAGCAUGUACGAGUCCCGAUUGGGGGCGGUUGAGGACAUGCUUCGCCAGCUGGUAGACCCACAAAGAUCUACGCAAGACCACUCUUCUCGCCCACAGACAGUCUCUCGUCCGCGCAGCCCAGUCGAUCAAAGCGGUUUCUACCAUGCUAACACCGCUGUCCCUCGUGCCAUGCUCGUUGAUCUCCGAGAGCAGCAAUUGGGAACACCGUUGGAGUUGACCAUUGACGUCCUCGCUUCCACUGGAGGAAACUCCGUGGCUCCGGCGUACUUCUUUGGCCCUUCCUCGAAUGUUACCUUCAUUCGGACGGUAUCGACUGCCCUGGAUGUGGUCAGCAAUUGGAAGUGGCGUGGCCCGCAACCCAACAUUCGAGACGGCGAACCGCUCAUUUCGAGGACUCCGUCACCUGGACCCCCGAUCAGGGGCCUUUCAACAGAUACCCCAGUGGACCCCUUGGUCUUACCGCAUGACCGACUGACGUCUCGGCUACUUGAUGAGUUCUUCACAACCACUGGCCUUUUAUUUCCGUUCGUCGACGAGACUCAUUUGCGACAACGUUUCGCCGAAGCGAGAUCCGCCGGCUAUUCAGGCAUGCGAAUAUCAUUCUUGUGCCUGCUCAACGCCAUCUUUGCCACUGCCGCCCGCGUGGAUGAUGUACCUCCCGAGGACGACGCCAUUGAGCAGGCUGGUUCCAGAUCUGAGAUCUGA